AUGAGGGCAACCAAGAGGGCUCGCCUGACAAGUUCCUUAUGUGCCAACAAAAACAACGCCACCGCCACCGCCAACACUAAUAGCAGCGGCAGGAGCAGACAUGGCAGCACCCAGGAUGCUCUGCGGUGUGGUAGUCAUCCCUCUUCCUGCUGCUCGUCUGAUGGUGGCUCCCCGCGGCGUCGACUAGAGCUGGAUGAUGAAGGCAGUCAGAGCGUGUCGUGUGGCCCCGUGGAUGUUGGGGCGUGGACUGCUGGUAAUGUGCGUUACGAUGCAUCCGAUCAUACCGUCGCACUUCCAAGCAAUGUGCUUUCGAGGCACAUGAUGGUGUUGCCACGUGUUCUGCUCCAUGACGCUACGACUGUCAUCACCACCACCACCAAUAAUAAUAAUAAUAAUAAUAACAAUGAUAGCAACGGGUGCAAUAAUAUCAAUAGAACCACACUGCAUACAGCGUGUAAAUACACAGAGGAUGGAGAUAUAGAACGGUCGCCCUCCACUACUGUGGAUAAUGCAUACCUGACUCAUAACGCCUCACCCAGGCCGGCGGUACAUUCCUCUCCUGCAGUACGUGGUGCACCGCCCUCGGCAUGUGAAGUGUCACUUCUUUCAGGCUGCGAUUUUGUGCGUCUACCGCAUCCGCGCCACGGUGGACCAGCACUCUUUCUCUGCCCACCAACCAUAGAGAGGAAGCCGGGCGACGUCAAGGACGACUCGGCGAGGGUGGUACUGUAUGAGGUACAGGCACAGUUGCCACUUGGGGGAUUUGGCCAGACGUGGUUUGUGAACGACAUUGUGGAGCCAAAUGAAGAGCUUCUUGUCGUGACACCGUUUGAUGUCACGUUCCUUGCACUUCGUCAAGUGGCCACCCACGCAAAGAAGGAGAUGUUUGUUUCACCGGAGGACAUUAUUAUGGGCGCGACGAAGAAUCGAGGCGGUGGAUCAUCCGAAUGGCCGGGUUGGAGAGUGGCAAUGGCGCAGUGCCCUGCAUUGACCCCCGUGGUGGAGGAGAUGCGGUCGCACACCGUGCUUUCACGCCUCUGCGAUGUGAAAUCAGUUGGUGGCGAUCACUAUUAUCGCUUUAGUGAGGAAAGAAUGGGUCAGUGGCUGCGGGAGAAGGUUCAGCGUGUGGCAAACUCUUCCGCUUUGCGUGCCAUCCUGCAACUUGGUCCUCCUCCUCCGACAAAUACCGCCACUACGUCUAUAAGGGGAGUUCAUGGCGGCAAUGACAAAACAACAGCACUCCCCACAAACACUGCGAUUGUUGAUGUCCCGCUCCCUGUCGCCUUUGGUGUGGUGGCCGAAUACGUGGUUGAAGAAAUGAGCCAAACAGCGGCGCGGCUGUGCGGGUCUGCGAGCUGA